GCUUCGUUUAUCUCGAUCACGAACGUCAAAACCGCCGGUCAAAACAAAAACUCGGGGAAGCUCAUCAGUUAAAAAAAAAGCAGAUUGUAUGGAGGAAUUUUAGAAACGUGGUUUAAGAACACUCAAAGUGAUGAACUUCUUCCAAAAGGUGCCAAAAAUUGAGCUGCACGCUCAUCUCAACGGCUCGUUGAGUAAUCAAACGCUGGCGGAACUAAGAAACCUAAAGUAUGGAUCAUACGGGAAUCAACCGGGCUCUGACGACUCGUUCUACCGAAUUACAAGUAAAACGAAUUUAACACUCCAAGAAUGCUUCCAAAAGUUCAAGUAUGCCCAUGAUUUGACCGAUCAGCCAGACACUUUAGCCUUUGCAACCCGCAAGGUAAUCCAGGAAUUCGCAGAGGACAAUGUGGUUUACCUGGAGCUUCGUACAACACCAAAAGCAACCGCCCACAUGACCAAACGAGAAUAUUUGACCACAGUCCUUGAAACUAUAAGAAAAUCUCAAACCGAAUUCCCAAAAAUAACGGUGAAGCUUCUGCCCUCAAUUGACCGUUCCAAGGGGGUCAAAGAAGCCGAGGAGAAUGUCGAUCUGGUCCUGGAUCUCGCCAAAUCCUACCCGGACCUCAUCAAGGGAAUGGACCUGAGUGGAGCCCCCUUCGGAACCAAGUUCUCCGACUAUCGCGACCUCCUCCGCAGGGCCCAGUCGGCAGGCCUCAAGAUGGCGCUGCACUGCGGUGAAUUCGACGACGAUGGGGAGGUUCGGGAAAUGUUCGAAUUUGGGACGGACCGGAUCGGGCACGGGACGUUCAUCAAGGGGGACAAUUUGGAGUUUGCCAAGAAGGCGAAGAUUCCGUUCGAGUGCUGUUUGACCAGUAAUGUCAAGUGCAGUACGGUGCCGUCCUAUGAGGAGCAUCAUUUCAAGCGACUUUGGAAGGAAGGAUUCGAAGUUUGCGUUUGUACCGAUGACUUUGGCGUCUUCGAGACCACACUGUCCCAGGAGCUGUUUCUCUGCGCCAAAACGUUCGGCCUCACUCCGGACCAAAUCAUCCUGCUCGAGGAACGCUCCAUCGCGUACACCUUCGCAAGUGCGGACGAAAAACGCGCCCUGGCCACACUGUUCGAGGACUUUCGAAGAGAAGAAGAAGAGGGAGAAGAAUACCCACCAUCUCCAAUAUAGCUUCUUUAUUGUUUUCAUCUCUUGAUCUGCGUUCAAAUACAACAAGUCUGCUCCCACUUACAUUACAGAGUUUACAGUUUACAUUUUGGUUUUUUGAACUUUUCCCUUUCCGCGUGACUUUUCUCCUUUAAAAAUUGUGCUUUCUGAAAUCCUUCUUCUUUCACUUGCAAUUUUAUUUUCUCCAUGAGUUUUGAACUACGUGGAUUGCUGCGUACUUUUUUUCUAACUUUGCUUUCUUCUUAACUUAGUUUGAAUACAAGUUUACAAAAAUAGCCAAACAUAAACCUACUAAAGCUCAAGCACACUCCCCCGGCAAAGCGGGUUUUACAUGUUAUCUCAUUUAAAUCUUCUUGAAAAAAAAAGAAAAAAACACUUGUUGUACGUAAAGUUAGUCGAUUACACAGUUUACAGAUUCGGCGGUUACAGUUCGAUUGCACGCAAAACGGAGUUACAGAGAUAGAUGAUUGUUGUUGUUUUUGUUUUGUUGUUUCGUUAGAUACUUACAAAAUACUAUCCACAACACUGCUGAAAGUAAUUCUUACUUAGUGGAGGGUAGUGGUGUGUGGAGGUGGAGGAGGUGAAUUAUUGUCACUUUUCGAAAACUAGGAAACUAAACUGCACUUAUGGAGGACGACCUCUUUCUUUAUCUCUCGCUAUCUCUCUCUGACAAACAACCGAAGACUAGAAUGUGGUUCUAUGAUCUGUCUGCAAAGUUCUAUUAUCACGGCGAUUCUGAAUACUUUUCUCGUGUUUUUUGUUUUAUUUCUGGUUGUGUAAAAUAUUGCUGCUAUUUUGAUUGGUUUCUGCUGUCGUGUGAGUUUUGGCUAAAAUGCUACCAGGAAUGAUUCUUUGAAUGUAAAAGUUAUCAACUGUUUCACCUUACUCUUUUGUCCCAUUUUUGUUCAAUUUUUCGAGAUUUAUUCAUAUCGUGUAUAAAACAGCUAACCAGCUGAUGCACUGUUUGAUCCAUUGUGUUCGGUAUUCGGCUAUUGCUUGCAGGUUGCACAUUUUGCUUCGUUUUUUUCGCAAUCGUUUUAUUAUUUUUUCAUCUUCGUUCGCUUACUUAGCUUCAAGUGUGAGACUAUUGGUUUGGUUGUGCUUUUCUCGUUUUUUUAGACGCUUUAUGUUCAGGGUUACACUACGGGAAACACAGGAGUAAGCUAACGACUACAUUUUUAAAUAUUUUAGGUUUACUAUUAUUAGCAAGGACGUGCCAUAGAAUAGCGAUAGAUGUUGCUUAGCUUUGAAUAAUUAUGCUAGAAAGUAUUGUUUCAUGGUCAACUACCGUGGUGGAUGAAGGACUGUGACUAAUAUAGAAUCUAAGAAAUAAGAUAUUAGAAGCAUUGACGCCUAGGGAAACAGUGGAGAAUUUCCCUUGUCCACUUUGGAAUGUGAAGAAUUAACGCUUGAGAUGUGAGCGGCUUCAAUGUCGUGAUGUAAUUCUUGAACACUUUACUUUAAAAUAAGUCCUGUCGCAGUUUGAAAAAUGUGGUUUUUCACAUUUUUUAUUUUGCCAAAAAGGCUUCAGCAAGCUUGUUCAUCGACUCGAUCGUUAAAUCGACGUUGUUUGCUUGAAUAUGGUCGAACAAGUCCCGAGUUAUAAUUAAACAUGUUUACACUAGUCGGGCAUGUACGUGUGUCAAACGCGUUCUGACCUGAAAUCCCUUUGGCAAGUUGUCACACUUACAGCAAUUCUCAGGGUGUGGCAAAAUAGCACCACAAGAUUGAAACUUCUUGCAUAUGAAAA